CACCAUGUUCGGCCAGCAGCAGCAACAGCUCCAGCAGCUCCAGCAGCAGCAGUUGCUGCAGCUCCAGCAGCUGCUCCAGCAGUCCCCGCCGCAGGCCCCGCUGCCCGUGGCCGUCAGCCGGGGGCUCCCCCAGCAGCAGCCGCCGCAGCAGCUUCUGAAUCUCCAGGGCCCCAACUCUGCGUCCCUCCUCAAUGGCACUAUGCUCCAGAGAGCUUUGCUUUUGCAGCAGCUGCAAGGACUGGACCAGUUUGCAAUGCCACCAGCCCCGUAUGACAGUGCCGGUCUCACCAUGCCCACGGCCACAUUGGGUAACCUCCGAAGCUACAGCAUGGCAACCCCAAGCUUGACGGCCCCCAGCCUCACGCCCCCCCAGCUGGCCACUCCCAAUUUGCAGCAGUUCUUUCCCCAGGCCACUCGCCAGUCUCUGCUGGGCCCCCCUCCCGUUGGGGUCCCCAUGAACCCCUCCCAGCUCAACCUCUCAGGGCGGAACCCCCAGAAACGGGCCUGGACCUCCUCCUCUACUGCCUCCAAUCGCAAGGAUUCUUCUUCUCAGACGAUGCCUGUGGAAGACGGGUCAGACCCCCCAGAGGGGUCUGAGGAAGCAACAGAGCCCCGAGCAGACACACCAGCAGACCAAGAUUCACCCCUCUGCUCAGAGGACAUCACCAAGGAGAGACAUAAUCCCACGCCUGAGCCUGAGCCCUGUGAGGCAUCCGAGCCCCCUGCCAAGAGGUCGAAGAGUUCAGUGGAGCCCACAGAGAAGGGGCCUCCCGGGCAGCUACAGGCAAAGGUCCAGCCACAGGCACGGAUGACGGUCCCCAAGCAGACGCAGACACCAGAACUGCUGCCUGAGCCCCUGGAGGCCCGAGUGCUGCCCCGAUUCCAGCCACGGGUUCUGCAGAUCCAGGCCCAGGUGCAGCCGCAGGCUCAGCCACGGCUGCCACCAACGGACACCCAGGUGCAGCCAAAGCUGCAGAAGCAGGCACAAACACAGACCUCUCCAGAGCACUUAGUGCCACAGCAGAAGCAGGUGCAACCACAGCUGCAGAAGGAAGCAGAGUCCCUGAGGCAGGCGCAGUCACAGGCACGUUCCCAGCCCCCAAGGCAGGUGCAGCCGCAGCCGCAGAAGCAGGCCCAGACACAGACGUAUCCACAGGGCCACGCACAGGCACAGCCAAGGGGCCAGACACCGGAGCAGCCUUCAGCGCAGGUGCCCGCACAGCCACCAGAGCAGACCCACAAGCGGCCUCAGACCCAGCCGCCAGCGUCGAUUCUGGCUGAGGCCACAGGGCUGGAGACACCGCCGGAUACUGCAGAAGCCAGAGGAGGCAUGGAGGAGGCCUCGUCAGAGCCUGCAGGCACCCAGGUCGGUGUGGAGGAGAGGCAGGAGGAGCCAGCCAGUGGCCUGGACGUGGGAGAGUGUGAGAAACGAGCGCGAGAGAUGCUAGGGGCAUGGGGUGCCGGGGGCUCCCUGAAGGUCACCAUCCUGCAGAGUAGUGAUAGCCGGGCCUUCAGCACUGCACCCCUCACGCUCAUGCCCCGCCCUGGUGACGCCACUUCUGCUACCCCUGCGGCGGCCAGCACGCCCUCCAGACAGGCCCUCCAGUUCUUCUGCUAUAUCUGCAAGGCCAACUGCACCAGCCAGCAGGAGUUCCAGGACCACAUGUCGGAGUCUCACCACCAGCAGCGGCUAGCAGAGAUCCAGCACAUGAGCCAGGCCUGCCUCCUGUCCCUGCUUCCCGUGCCCCGGGACGUCCUGGAGAGAGAGGAGGAGGAGCCUCCGCCCAGGCGCUGGUGCAAUACCUGCCAGGUGUACUACAUGGGGGACCUGAUCCAACACCGCAGGACACAGGACCACAAGAUCGCAAAACAAUCCCUACGACCAUUCUGCACUGUCUGCAACCGCUACUUCAAGACCCCUCGCAAGUUUGUGGAGCACGUGAAGUCCCAGGGGCACAAGGACAAAGCCAAAGAGCUGAAGACGCUGGAGAAGGAGCUCGCUGGCCAAGAUGAGGACCACUUCAUCACGGUAGACGCUGUGGGUUGCUUUGAGGGCGAUGAGGAAGAGGAGGAUGACGAGGACGAUGAAGAAGAAGAGAUCGAGGUUGAGGAGGAAUUGUGCAAGCAGGUGCGGUCCAGAGACAUUUCCAUAGAGGAGUGGAAGGGCUCGGAGACCUACAGCCCCAACACUGCGUACGGCGUGGACUUCCUGGUGCCGGUGAUGGGCUACAUCUGUCGCAUCUGCCACAAGUUCUACCACAGCAACUCGGGGGCACAGCUGUCCCACUGCAAGUCCUUGGCCCACUUUGAGAACCUGCAGAAAUACAAGGCGGCCAAGAAACCCAGCCCCACCACACGGCCUGUGAGCCGCCGGUGCGCCAUCAACGCCCGCAACGCCUUGACUGCCCUGUUCGCCUCUGGUGGCCGCUCGCCUUCCCAGCCCAGCACCCAUGACUCGGCCAAAACCCCCAGCAAGGCCCUUUGAACAUGCUGCCGCCUCUGCCUGGAAUAUGCUGGGUCCUCCUGUCUUCCUUCCCUCCUCUCUUCCUGGAUGAGUCUCACUCAUCCUCCAAGUCUCAGUGUGGAUGUCACCACGGGGAGUCCUCUCAGUGCCCCAGACAGGAUGGGGCCUCUAUCCUGACCCCAGUUCCCCCCCCGACUCCAUGGCCCUCAUGCUUAGGAUCUACUGCUGGGCCAGCCUGUGUCUCCCACUUGACUGUGAAGCCCCACAAGAGGUGAAUGGUCUUGUGUUUGCUGCUGUCUCUCCAGUGCCCUCACUGUCACACAAUGAGCAUCUGUGGAAUGAGUGAGUGAGUGAAUGAAUGAAGGCUCUGCCUUGGCUCCACUCCCUGCCGUUGUCAACCCAUCCCUACCACCCAGAAUGCUUCCACCCCAACAACCCUUCAAGGACCAGAGCACAAAACGACUCCUCCAAGGAGCCUUCCUUGGGCUCCACCGGAAACCAUCCCUUCCUCCCCCAUGACCACUCCUGACCUGCCUCUCAGCAACACAGUGUCCCUUAGGAUCCAAGGGCUGGGCCUGUGCCCACUGCGGGACCCAGUUCUGAGCCAGCCCAUGACUCAGACACACUCAGCUGCCAGCUUGGGACCAACGGGGAUGCAGCCAGUGGAGGCUAGAGGAGCCCAAGGUCUGAGGAGUAUGUGGCAUAUGGGUGCAAAUGUGCCUGUGUCCCCAGGGAAGGGCACCUGUCACCCAAGACAGCCCCCUCACAGAGGACAGAAUCCCAGAAAUCUGAAUCUUAAAGUUCAACCUCCUGGUGGUUGCACUUAGCUGGGGAAACCGAGGCCUAAGAAGGAAGGAACCUCCCCAGGGUCCUCCAGCCGGUUGGUGACAAAGACAGAAGGACUCAGAGUUGGGGCUCAGGGGCACUUGGGUUUGAGUUCUAUCCCAACAAGUUAUGGCACCUUUCUGGAAAAGGGGGUAAGAACUGGGUUGCUGUAAGGAUCCAGGUAUAUCAAGAGCUCAGAUGGGGUCUGGCCGAGCAAGUACUUAAUACAUGGUUGUUAUUAUCAACGUUUCGCAUUCUGUGUCAUGGGACACAAGUUGGGAGAAGAGAAGGGGGAGGCAGGUGUCUCCACUUCCAGUCAGGUGUUAUCUGUGUCAAGGGUACUCUCAGGUCCAAGCCUUUGCUUCUGUCCGGGACACCCUCCUUCCCCCAUUCUAAGUCCUAUCUGCCAACAUCUACUCAAAGUGACCACCUGGGAGGCCCUUCCUGAUGUUCCCACCACGGGUACCACAGUGACUACACACAUCUGGCCACCGUUCACCAGCAAUGCCCAAAGCAAACUUAGCUGCCCACCACUUACCCCAGUGGGAGGUCUCCACCUCUUUAUUCAAAGCAGACCCUGGGGGACAAAAAUGUUCUAGAACUGCUGUGCCGCUGGAUGCACAGCUCUGUGAAUCUACAAAAACCCACUGGAUUGUACACGUUUAAGUGGGUAAGUUGUAUUGGAUGUGAAUUAUAGCUCAAUAAAGCUGUUACAAAACAAAAAGCUUGC